AGGGAUCUGACCGUCCGUGCCACGCAUGCACCGCUGGAGCGCACGAAUCCAGUCGCACCGCCCUCCUGUCCGCCUGCUGCUGCCGGGAGGAGCGGAGGAGAGAGCAGACCGGAGCGCAGCAUCAACACUCACGGUACCGUCGGGAUGUGGCAGCGGUCUCGACAGCUAGAAAUGCCCCGUGAAAAUCUCAAAGUUUGUCUCCUGUGAGAGCGGAAGACAAAGAAGACAGAUAAAGGCGCGCAGAGACACAGAGACACAGAGAGACAGAGACAGAGGGAGAGACACAUCGCGCUGAGCUGCAUCAGCCGCCGCAGAAAUUUCCAGCGGUGCCUUCCCCGCCUGCUGCCCGGCUCUGUCGCUCCUGAUCGAGGAGCGCGUCGGAGCCGCUGUCCGAGCCGAUCUAACGGUCAGGAGACGAGAAGGAGGGACAGAGGAGGCAGCCCACUCCUCCAGACAUCCUCCCCUCUGCGUCUGGACCCCCGCAGUGUCCGCCGAUGUGGAGCUGACACAGUGGAGCGAGUCCGGACGUAUGAAGCCAAAGUUCCUACAGAUCUCAAAGGAAUGCAGCGAGACACAUUAUUAAUGUCAAGCCUGGAAGACCCCUGCCACUUUGAUGUGUGAGCACACCCACCAAUAAUGGCCCAUAGGAUACGCAGUGGAAAUACAGCCGAGGCAGACGUGUUCAUGUUCCCCGUUCAGGUCAACCUGCAGACUCUCUCCCACAAACACAUCUGACUUUUACAAGAUCCCAGUGAGAGCCUGUACAGCAUGAGGCUGGUGUGGAAAUCCCUGGACAAGAUGAGGUGUCUGAGGAAACGCUCCACCAUCCCCUUCCUCGGCUUCCUCAUCACCUUCCUCCUCUUCCUCAACCUCUACAUUGAAGAUGGCUACGUGCUGGAAGGUGAUAAAAGGCAGCUUCGGGAAACAUCGGUCCACCCUUCCAGCUCAGAGCGAUACGUUCACACCUUCAGAGACCUGAGUAAUUUCUCUGGAACCAUUAACGUCACCUAUCGUUAUCUGGCUGGUACCCCACUGAACCGCAAGAAGUAUCUCACCAUUGGACUGUCAUCUGUCAAAAGAAAAAGAGGGAACUACCUUCUGGAGACGAUCAAAUCCAUCUUUGAUCAGUCCAGUUAUGAGGAGCUCAAAGAGAUCGUGGUCGUGGUCCACCUGGCAGACUUUGACCUGGUCUGGUGUGAGAACCUGGUGCAGGAAAUCACCAGGAAGUUUGCCCACCACAUCAUAGCUGGACGCCUCCUGGUGAUCCAGGCUCCAGAGGAGUACUAUCCAUCUCUAGACGGCUUGAAAAGGAACUACAACGACCCGGAGGACCGGGUCCGUUUCCGUUCCAAGCAGAAUGUGGACUACGCUUUCCUCCUCAACUUCUGCACCAAUCUCUCCCACUUCUACAUGAUGUUGGAGGACGAUGUGCGCUGCUCCAGGAACUUCCUGACGGCGCUGAAGAAGGUGAUCACCUCCAGAGAAGGUUCCUACUGGGUGAUGCUGGAGUUCUCCAAGCUGGGCUACAUCGGGAAGCUGUACCACUCCAGAGAUCUGCCACGACUGGCUCAUUUCCUCCUCAUGUUCUACCAGGAAAUGCCCUGCGACUGGCUCCUCAUCCACUUCAGGGGUCUGCUGGCCCAGAAGGACGUGAUCCGCUUCAAGCCCUCGCUGUUCCAGCACAUGGGCUACUACUCCUCCUACAAAGGAGCGGAGAACAAGCUGAAGGACGACGACUUUGAGGAAGACUCCAUAGACAUUCCUGACAACCCUCCUGCCAGCCUUUACACAAACAUCAACGUCUUUGAGAACUAUGACGCCACCAAGGCUUACAGCACUGUUGAUGAAUAUUUCUGGGGGAAGCCUCCGUCCACAGGAGACUUCUUUGUCAUAGUCUUUAAUAAAUCUACCAAAAUUAGUAAAAUCAAGAUUGCCACUGGCUCUGACGACCGUCAGAAUGACAUUCUUCACCACGGAGCUCUGGAGGUAGGAGAGAAACUAGUUGGGACUAAAAAAGGGAAACAGUGUUCCUCCUAUAUCACAUUAGGGGAGUUUAAAAAUGGCAACAUAGAGGUUCAAGACGUAGACCACAAAAUUGCCUUUGACAUUGAGUGUGUUCGCAUCGUGGUGACGGCUAGUCAGAAAGAAUGGCUCAUUAUUAGGAGUAUAAGUUUAUGGACUACACAACCCCCCAGCCAAUAAGGACUACACACAAAGACUCUUCGUGUCAUAGAGGCAAAUGUUUUUAUUAUUACUAUUAUUUAGUAAUGUAUGUAUUUCAGGUUUAUUUAUUCAUUUUGUAUGUAUUUAUUGAUACUCAUUUUGAUUGCCAAAUCAAUCUAUAGUUUUUAUACCUGCAAGUUGUAACCUUAGUGGAGCAUCUUCCCAGUCAGUCAUUCUAAAGGACUGUUCAGCUGACCUCAGAGUAUUCAUGAACAUAUGUUUUAUUAAAUGUUCCAUAAGCUUUUAUUUAUUUCAGAUUUUGAUCCUUAACACAGGGCUGGGCGAUGAUUCAGCAUUUGGUAUUAUAACAAUAUAAUCAUAUUAUGUUUGAUUUUACAGAGGUUUUCUGUCAAGGAUGAGGCUCACAAUAUUGUCAACCCAUUCUCAUUCGUGGAGUGUCCAAAACUGAUGCUUUGUCACGCCACUCAGCUUGCAAUAUCAAUGCAGCCUUUGGCGUCUUUAUGAGACACACUGGGCUUUCAUCUAACUCCAAUGUAAACCCGUCUAUAACAAUGCUGAGAGCAACUGAUGUAGGAUAAAAAUGGACAAAGUCCAUGUAGGGUGAGUUUCAGGGGAAGUAGAUGGAUCAAACAAAGCUGAACUUUUAUCAAUCCACUCAGUGCUACUCAAAGUCAACGAUGCUUCCUUAGGACAGGUCCUUCCAAAAUGGGUCCUACAUAGGCCAGACAAGACUCCUUUCUAGCAUUCAAUCAACACACAUUAGAACAGGCUAGUAGGUGCCAAGGUGUGUGUCAGUGAAGAGGCCCCACCUUCAAUACUGGUAAAUUGUGUGCAAAGAAUUCAUGCCAACUGAGAAUACACACAUGCAUCCUUGAACAUUCUUUGAAGGAAGGACUCGGUCAUUGGUAGAAUGUGAAGGAUCCUUGACACUGGAACAGUACUUCAACGGGAUUCGAUGACAUAGCCUCCUUGAAAUUCAGCCGUUUGAAGUUCCUUUCCUGACUUUAAGAAGCAGUGUGGUUUGUGUCUGGUGUGAAACCAAAAGUCAGUGUUGUCAGUUGGUUCAUGCUUGUUUUUUGGGUGACAACAAAUACCUGUAAGGACAGAACAAAGCACACAGGUAAUUAAUAUGAUCUGCCAUCUUGCUGCUGUUUACUUCCGUUGUGCAAUGCCCUCCAUUGAUGACAUAUCCUUGAUGACAAUGGUUCUGCUCAAAAAUGUUGGAGACACAGGCUGGUUCACAGGAUAGCACAGAGGUUCCAAGAGUCUUGAACAAAACUGGUUCAAGAAUCAUAGCUAAUUUGGUGGAAACGGUGUAAUAGAGAUAAUAAAGGGUUCCCUGUGCAUCAAUAUGAGACCCCAGGGGCAUGACAAAGCACUGGAUAUUUGACAACCUGAGAAUUAGAAUGGGUUGAUAUUCUUUAUUUUUCUCACAGUCAACAAAUCCAAUGAAAAGACCAACAAUGAAUUGAUCCCACAAACAGGUCUGUCGCCAGAGCCUGAUAUAUCUUAUUCCUCUGUGCCAUUGAGCUCCAUUGUUGCCCAAAAACUAUUAAAAGCAGUGAGCCAUACGGUUUCAUUGGAUGUUACUUCAUUACAAUAAACUUAGGCACUGUAGUUCAUUUUGAGUUGAGCCCACACACACUGUCCUGCUGCUGUAAAUACUCACCAGAGCACCAAAUGAGUAUUAAUCCGCAGCUGAAAAUACUAGGAGUGAAUGGACUCGGGGCUGAGAGCCACAGACUGGGUGGGGAAGUCAGAAACUACUGAGAGACGGACUAACACAUUUUGGCUUUGUUCUUUUCAUGUGGUUUGUUGAUAGUAACAAAAAUAUAGAAUCACACCAGCCUCAUCCUUUAAUGGUUCCAAUGAAAAUGGAAAGUUAGUUAAAGCUGGGGUAGGCAUAAAUCUGGAAGAUGAUAAAAAAGGUAAAAUUUAGAAAUAAACCCUCCUCCUGCAGCUUUUUCCUCUCCUCUGUCCUAAGCCCCUCACUCAGCCCCUCCUUGACCUUCUCUCAUGGUUCAUCAGACCACAGGUGAGCCAAGAAUAAGCUGCUAACCACCCCGCCAUCUCUCUGGCCUGAUCCCCGCCACUGCAGACUCCUUUCCUGGGAGAAGAGCAGGAGGCAGUCUGACAGACGGACCUUCGGUCAGCAGCAUAGCGACUUAAAUUCCAACCCUGUCUCACUUUGAAGUCGUCGAAAACUGGUGCUUGAUCAAUGACCUCCGGUGUCAAAUACCGAUGAAAGAGCAGUCCUUUCACGUCGGCAUGAUAUGCCGUCAGUCGCUGUUCUUCUGUAAUGGUGCCUAGCGGCAUCAGCUGGAAAUGCAAUGGGACAAAAUACAUUAAGGCGACAAAAGUCUGAGUAGGGCGGGCAGGAGGGAUGGAGGAUGGGUCCAACAACCACCAACUUUCACCUGGCAGGCUGUAAAACUGUAGGUUAAAACCAGUUCUUUUUUCCGAAAUGCAACCACAUGCGUAUGCUGGCUAAACAUAACCACAUGUGUGUCAAAGGAAAAAAUACAUCAGUUGGCGGUGUUGUUCAUACGUAGUGCUUUUUUUUUUUUAAAGAGACUGUAUGCAAAGUGUAAUUCUGUCAGCACAAACCCCCCCAGCACCGGGCAUCACAGCGGUCUGAUCACAGCAGUGUCAGGUAUAUCCUGUGUAAGGGCAGCAACAGAAAGCUUGCUGAUCCAGCAGGGAGUUGGGGCUGAGCGUUGCACUGGCUGGAUUCAGGUUGCUGCAGCUGCUUUCUAGGGGUCUGUGUCCAGAGCGGCUGCCUGCUCUCCUCCUGGCGAGGCAGUCUGUAGCAGCAGGGAGUGAGGCAGAGCAGACUGUGCUCUGAGGCUCUAGCUAACAUUAGCUACAUUUACAUGAACAUGAGCUCCAGUUAGCGGAAGGCUAAACUAUUUUUUCUCCAUCUCUGGAACACUUCGCUGUCAGACUCUCCUUUUGAAGUCCAUUUUUCUUUUUUGAGUUGCUUUGCAGCGCAGUUAGUUGUUGCCAGCGUUGGAACUUUCUCUGCAGGAUUCUCCACCAUUAAACCAGACGUUCACCAUCUGAAGGGAUGUUAACACACAUCUGCAUUUAUAGAACAGUCAAUAGGAACGCUCCCUCUCUGAAAUGCUAUUGGACAAAGUCUGUCUUCUAAAAUAAAGAAAAGCAUCCUCUAAAACCUGGAAGUGCCUACCCCAGCUUUGAGAAGGUUUUGGUAUAUCAGUAAAACAUGUUUCAUUGCAGAGAGCAUCAAUUUUAUCAUUUUAAAAUCAUGACGCAUCAGUUUUAUUGUAUCCAUAUGAUGACACUGAUUCAUCCAUAUAUCGCCCAUCCCUGCAGUACCUUGACAACAUGAGUCAGUAGUGGGUGAUGCAACAAACCAAUCAUUUAUGAAUGUUUUUGAAGGCUCUUCAGAAAGGUGCUUCAUGUGAGGAAUGAAGACAGAUCUCACUCAGAGAACAGCAACCGUCCAAUUAAAGCUACUCUGUCUUCGGCAGUUUUUCAUGACUGAUAUUAAGCCUGAGAGUGUAGCCCUGGGAUUUCUCUCUGAGAAUGUCCCCGUUUGGCCCUUAAUUAUUUUCCUCCUUGAAAACCCACCAGGAAAGUAUCAGAGGUCAUUGUUGCCUUGAAUAUUCAUCGUGCCGCGCCUAACUUUUUCAGUUUCAAAGAUUCCUACCAGUUUAAUCAUCUUUCUCAUUGUGUUUUGAGGCGGGCGUUUGAGUGGGCUGAGCUCUUUUACUGGCGCUGUGUGUUCCGUCAGGGCCGCUGACAGGAGAACAAUGUUUGUUUUCACCCAUCUUCUCCAAGAGCUGAGAUUAGAUUGCACAGUGAAGAAUGGGCCAGGUCUGCUCUUAGGUCUCUCUUUUUUUUUUUGCACCACAGCACAAUUUUCCCCCAGUAAAUUGGUCUGUGUUUGCUUCACUCUCUACACCAGCAAAACAACAUCUCCCCUGAAGCUAUAGGAUCUCAAUUCGCUCUUUCCCCAAUGUUGCGCUCUCACAACUCCAAUGUUUCUGCUCCUACAUGGUUGCCUCUCUGUGAUCUUUGCUCGCAUUUCAUGCAGUCUGCUGCUUUGGGGAAACUUGCUUGGUUUUCCUUUGAAGAUCCUUUUUUGAAUUCCCCACCUCUCUUUAUGUUGUUUAACGGCAAACAUUUGCAAGAAUUAACGCUGCACAUGUUUAACACAUCGUCACCGUGAUGCUCAGAGCAGCUCAGAGCCAUGCUUUGAAAAUAACCUUGUCAUUUUCCAUGUUCAUGUAAUUAUAACCUGUCUGUGAGCAGCGUUCAGUGACAGAUGAGUUUGUACAUCGAAAUGGCAUCAAGAAAUCACUCAACAAUGCAAUAAAGAGGUAAAUGUUUACAUAGAAGUGACGUUCUUUAGGAACAUGAGGUGGAAGCAGAUCGUCAUUAAGCAUGCUGCGACUGUUGUAAAGCUUUGUUCCACUGUUGCGAUAGCCACCUGUUCCCUGUUUUCCCUCAAGGUCUUGUUCAGUGUCACAGAUCGAGACCUUUCACAGAUUGGCUUGUACCAACACCUUGAAAUCCUUCCUCAGCAAAUCCCCCAUGUGCUGUCCCAAAUGAAAUUAGAAUGCCCACCACCGCCACCACAAUAUAGCUUAUUGUUUUUCCUCAGCAUUUCCCUCGGAAAGUCGCUAUUCAUUUUGGUGAAUGAUUCUGUGACCCGCGUGGAUCAGCUCCUCGGAGGGGAUCCUGUUUGAAUGGAUGCUGCUCGGAAACACAAUCUACAUUGUGCUAUUCUUUAUGACGCACACCGUGGUGCCAGUUCAGCCUCGUAUUACCUGCUUAUGAGCUAUAAACACAUGAUGUCACCGCAGGGCAGUUAGCUGUUUUACAAGUGUAAUGGAUGGCUUUGAUACGCCUCGUGCCCGAGAAGAGCAAUCGUGUUGUGGGGCUGAUAUUUCUGGAGGAGAAAUUGCUGUCUGAUCUUUAUUUGAAAUAAGAUGCCAGACAAAACUAGCUGCACACUGCAGAUUUAUGGACAGAUUUACAUCUUGGGGAUAACAACAAAAGCUGCAUAAAUUCCUCAACUGGAUGUCAGCAAACUGCUGCGCGCAGCAUUCUUCUGCUAUUGGCAGCAUGUUUGGAAACCACAAUCCAUACUCGGGCCUUGAGUGAACAGUUAUACUGUACAUUUCACUUGAUACUAAAAGGAUGUUCUCUGCUCUUGUUGAGUCCUUACAGCUAAUAAAUGGCCAUCUUCGCUGUCCAUUUGUCAAGAAUUACACUAACUGCAUCGGCAGAUCUCUGCAAGGGAAAAGGCCAGGGGUUUGUGAAUCACUUGCAGGCAGGUAACUGUCUGAGUUUGUUUAAUUAUAUGGAGCUCCAAGCAAGUGAUGAAUGUGAAUAUGGUGUGUGGAUCCUGAGUUAUUUGAGCUGUCUUCCAGUGGAGCAUGUACAAAGUGCAUGAACAAAAAGAAUUUUUCAGUGGUUAAAACAACUCCUUUUAUACGUCAGGAUCUAUAAAUUAUUGUGCAGCUUCUGCUAAUGAAAUUGUACUGGGUUUGUACGUAGAAGCCUACCGAUACUACCUUACAACAGGUUCGGAGUUCACAUGUGCUGUAUAUUGUUCAGUGGAGCGAGUGUGUUAAGAUGUUGUUCCUGUGUCUGUUUUACUUUCCAUCGUUCUCUAAAUGGUACUGUAUUGUAAGAUGACAUAUAUUUUUUUACACGUAUCAUUUCAAAUGUUGUACUGUAUAUAUUGUAUUUAAAAUGAAAUUAGAUUAAACGAAUGAAUGCCGACUGUGUGGUGCAUUGACUGCAGAGACGGAGGGGAGUGUGAGGGAGCUCAAGAGGCCGCAAAAUAUUGAAUAUGUGUCUGCA